AUGUUGCUUAAACCCGCGACCCCCCUUACAAUUCUGCUCCUAAUCGCUUUUGUUCUGCUCGUUCUGUCGGUCAUCUCCACGCCUAUCGUCAAAGGAAUUCCCUUGGCAACCUUCGAAAAUGUCGACUACGGAGUCUUUGGUUAUUGCAAGAAAGACCAAUGUACCGAUAUCCAUGUUGGCUACAACAACGAUGACCUCAGCAGCGCCGGCACCGAUGACGACUAUUACCUCCCGUCGAGUACGCGCCGAUCGCUUUCUUCGAUCCUGAUCGUGCACCCAGUCGCCGCCCUUCUCACGCUUAUCUGCCUCUGCAUGGCUGUGGCAGCUCACUUCCACAGCCCGUCCCACUCGCCGCGAUACCUUCUUGCGCUCUUGAUCCUUCUGCUCCCGACCCUUCUUGUCACCCUGCUCGCUUUUCUGGUGGAUAUACUGCUUUUUGUUCCGCAUCUCGGAUGGGGCGGUUGGAUUGUGCUCGGUGCGACCAUCAUUCUCGUCACCUGUGGGGUCGUCACAUGCGCAAUGCGCCGGACCCUUGUUAGCCGUAAAGCACGGAAGAAGCGUAUCGCGGAGAAUGCUGAGAUGAGCGGCGAGAACUUCUACAAUCGCCAAAAUGCGACGGCCCCGAAUCCCGCCAUGAACCCGCCUCCCCCGCCUCUUAGUGAAGAGACAAAGGAACCCUUCGUCACCGGAUCUCCUCCGGGCUCGGAAACAGGCCCGACAUUUGCGACUUUCCGCACCACUACGCGCGAAAGCGACGACGAUCGCACGCCUCUCAAUUCGCGAACACCUCUUAGCGAUGCUCCCAUGCCACCAGACAACCUCCCGUCUGCUCCGACUCCAGCUCCGAUGCCAGCUCCGAUGCGGGAUGAUCGAGCUGCUUACAACGUCCCACGCGAUGAAUACGGAAACCCGCUUCCCCCAGCUGGCCCCGGACCGAGAAUGCGACCCCCUCCGAACGAUCCACGCUUGCGCAACCAAUAUUCAGACGGUAGCAUGGGCUCACGAAGAGGCGCACCUCCCCCGGGUGUAGGCCCACGUGGUCGAGGCGGCUACCCUCCUCGGGGAGGAUACGGUCGCGGUGGACCUUAUGGAGGACCCCGAGGACCCCCGCCGAAUGGCAGAGGCGGCCCGAUGGGCCCGAUGCGAGGUGCUCCCCCUGGCAUGAUGGGUCGUGGAGGAUGGCGUGGCCCACCGCAAUUUGUCUACGGUCCUGGUCCUGGUCCUGGUCCACGAGGAAUGCCCGCGCCUGAAGAGGAUGAGUACGAGUACGGAGGUCAUUCUCCUGGAGGUUCCAUGCGUCGCCCAUCCCCCGGACCGAUUGGGAUGGCCAUGUCGCCGGACUCGGGAGCACCCAUUGGCCAGGCCAUCGAAAUGACACCACAGCCGAGACGACUGGGAUCUGCAGACCCGGAGCAUCAGGAGGCAGUGCUUGACUCGCAGCAACCACAUGCUUUGUCUGCUGAUGGGUAUCCAGAGCCAGUUAGCCCCUCCAGCCUUUAUAGUCGAACAGCAUCAUACAUUCCGGCGCGCAACGGCUGGGGUGCCCCGGAGCCACGCACCGGGCCCUCCCCUUCACCCGUCCAUGCCUACGGAGCAGCUCGACGGCCAUCACCACACAUUCGAUCCGGAUCAGCCGAUUACUUUGAAGACGCCGAUCCUCGUUUUGCUAAUCGUAAUGAGUCUGCAGUGGGCAACCGUGGGUUGCCCACUGCUCUGACACCGGGUAAUACUGGUGAGCCGAAACCAACUGAGGAGGAAAUGGUUGAAGGCCCUAGCUCACCUACUACUAGCGAUAUAAGCCAUUUCACGUCCAUUUCUGAGCGACCUAUCAACCCACGCUGGCGUCCGCCACCACUCCCUGCGCAGCAAAAGCAAAACGUUCUGCUCGAGAACAACCCCGACUUUGAUCUGCGGGCUGGCAUGGGACGGGGCGGUGGUGGAGUUGCGGGUGGCGUUGGAGGUCGCAUGCCAUUGAUGCCGAUCCCUCGAGAGACUACGAGAUACCCUAUGCCCUGA